GAUGCUCUCCCUUUGUGUAAUUAAAUAACCAUCUGAACUUUCUUUGGUCGGGUUUCCUUUUUGAUCCCUGAAGGAAUGUAAACUACCAGUUGGAAAAACGGUUUUUAAUUAAGCGUUUUUUUUCUCUCGCUCUCGCUCUCUCUUCCUCCCCAUUGGCCAAACCACCAGACAUAAGAUUCUAUACAUCUUGAUCCUCAUAAAAACAACCGUCGUGGUUGAACGUCUGUUUCCGUGAACACUAUCAAAUUGAAAACAAAGAGCAUGUGCGCCACCGUGUGGUCAAGACGAUCACUGCAGGAUCAGAUCGUAAAAGGGGAGAUUAAGCAAUCUCUGUUAAAGUGGGGAAGCGAUCACGGAUGUAUGAGUAUUGAACCCGGUGACUCACCUGUCUGAGGUGAGGGGUAAUUUAAAAGGUGCAGGUAUAAACGGGUGCGGUACUCAGCAGAACAGAACACACUUAACACACCAUGGAAAAGAAGAGCACGGCGCUAAAAGAGGGCUUUCUGGUGAAAAGAGGUCACCUGGUGCGUAACUGGAAGGCGCGCUGGUUCGUGCUGACCCCGGACCAGCUGCUCUACUACAAGUACGAGGGCAGCAAGCGGGACUCGUGCCAGCGGGGGCGGAUCAUGCUGCGGGGCUGCGAGGUCACAUGCCCCUACCUGGAGAACGAGAGCCGCCCGCUGGUGUUCAAACUGAGGACCCAGAGCUCAGUGGAUCACUUCCUGGAGGCGUGUUCCCGGGAGGAGAGAGAUGAGUGGGCCACCGCCAUCAGCGGCGCGGUGCAGGACCUCCGUCAGGCUGACGGGGGGGCGGUCGGCCCCCAGGACCCCACCUCCACCCAGCAGCACCUCCAGGACAUCAACCUCAGUCAGGUGGUGGACUCCAUGUAUGACGUCCACAGUGGCAUCAAAAUGACCAACCACGUUGAUCAAGGCAGCACCUACAGCAACUGCUUCUCAGGCUCGGCGGUGGUGGACUGGCUGGUGUUCUCGGGGGCCGUGCUGAGCCGGGCGGAUGCGGUGACGCUGGCGUCGGCGGUGAUGGAGGAGGGCUUUGUGUGCCCGCUGGGCCACCGGAGCGUGGAGGCGCUGCGGACCGCCGGCCUCACGGAGCAGUUCCUGGACGACUCCUCCGCCCUCUACUGCUUCGCGGAGACCUUUAAGAAGCGCGGCAGCGUGAAGGCGGAGACGUCGCUGGCGGCGGUGGAACUCAGCGGUCAUGUGACCCGGAGGGGCUACCUGCUCAAACAGGGCCACCAGAGAAAGAACUGGAAGGUGCGUCUCUUCGUCCUGCGCUCAGAGCCCUCCUUCCUGCACUACUACGACCCCAGCAAGAAUGACGUCAUCCCGGCGGGCGGCUUCCCCCUCAGGGGGUGUCUGGUGUCAGCUCUCCAUGACAACGGUGUACCGUCAGGGGUCAAAGGUGAGGUCCAGGGCAACCUGUUCAAGAUCAUCACCAAGUCCAACACCCACUACUACAUCCAGGCUCCCACGCAGGCCGACAAGAUGGCCUGGAUCGACGCCAUCAGGAAGGAGGUUUAGACCCCCUGCGUGUCCAAACCUAGGACCCAUUAACUCUUAAUUUAUAAUCCAUGUGCUAUAAUCCAUUUUAUAAUUAUUCUUCAUGUUUAACCUCUGUUUUCUUUUUAUUCCUAGUCUGUUUUACAUAGUUUUGAAUGAUGACUAUAUGCUCUGUAAGGUGACCUUGGGUGUCUUGAAAGGCGCCUCUAAAUUAAAUGUAUUAUUAUUAUUAACACUGUAGACUAAUGCAUUCCAUGAAUGCAGUAAUGUAGCAAUUCAAGAAAAAAGAUAUUUCAUGCCCAAUGUCAAUCCGCGACUUUCGUUUGAAUGUCGGAUGCAAUGUAUUAUUAUUAUUAAGUCGUAUUUAAUAUUUGUAUUAAAUCAAAUCAAACCUG